ACCACACUGGCCAGUAUGAGGCUGGUUCUCACUGAAGUGAAUGAUGAUGGAGAUAGCGUCACUAGGCAGGACAUAUCACAGGAGUCACUAGGAUUCACACCAGUCUCUGGUAUCAGUGGUCAGUUCAUACCGGCUACUGGUGUACUCUCAUUGACUGGUGUAGCUUCAUUGAAUAAUUACCAGACUCUACUCAGAUCAGUCAGUUAUUCUAACACUAGAGCAAGUCCAAGUCUAAACUUGAGGAAAGUUGAGGUCACCAUAAAUGAUGGCUCCGAUACUUCAGUGGCCAUGGCAACAAUAAGAAUAGGGGACCUACCCACGGCUCCUGUUGUUGACCUUAAUGGUGAUACAAGUCAGACUCUCAAUAAUCAGGUAUCAUACACAACAAAGGAAGAUGACCCUGUUAGAAUUGCUGCCAGUGAUGCCACAAUUACUGACAUGGACAAUGACAACAUAUGUAGCAUGAGACUGGCUUAUCCUGCUUCCCAGACAUGCACUAUGACAGCCUUGAGUGUAGUCACUCAGUUUGGUGAUAUGUCUCUCUCUGUUAGCUCUAUCAAUUCACAAUACGUGUAUGAGGUUACUACUAGCUUCUCAGCUUGUAGGCAAUCUAUCGCUUUUGUUAGUAUCCUUCGUUCUAUUACAUUUCAAGCUCCCGAUACUGCCCCAGCUGGUACUUGUGGUAUAUCAGUAACCGUCACUGAUGAUCGCAACAGCACUAGCUCACCGUCUCUCACUACUGUCACUGUUACUGUUGGCAAUGAGCCGCCAUUCAUUGAUCUUGAUUUGGGUCGUGUUGGUAGACACUUUACAUUUGAAUACAUUCAAGGGAUUGAUGACUUGAGGCACAUUGUUAGUAUUUAUAACGAGUCAUUGGCUAAUAACAUAACCUCGUUGACUCCUGUUGGCGAAGCACCAGGCGAAGCUUCCAUAAGCAAUGAGUUUGGUGUUAUACUGAUAUCUAAUCUGUCACAUGCUGGCUAUAUACUCUCUGAUGAAGACAGUGCAGAGCUAGAGUACUUGAGUGUAAAGUUUUUGUAUUUGAGCACAUUAGAGCUAUUGAAUGAUGCCAUUAGGUUUCCUUGUAUUCCGACCAAUUCUUCACUCUCUAUCGAUCCAAUCGGUUGCACUAGAUACAGACAGUCUGUCGUACACACUAGUCUACAGUGUGACCCUGAUGUAUUUGACUCAUGUAACAAUCCGGUUGAUCUCUGCACUGAUCUUAGGGUGACUGCUUAUUGUAAUUCCAAAGAGUUUAAGUUUGAAUAUCUUGAUAAUGCUAAUGUCUCACGCUAUAGGGAAUUGCUUGGUAACCUUGCUUAUCAAUACUUAGGCAAUGAGACACUGUUUACAGCUAUCGAGAGAACUCUUAACGUCACAGCCUUUGAUGGAUCUAAGGAAAGCAUGGGUGCUUCAGUUGGUAUAAGUAUUGUAGCUAGAGAUGAGACUCCAGUCAUUCCAGUAGAGGACCCUGCUUUCAUCAUGUAUGAGAAUGAUGUCCCUAACAGAAACCCCAACCCAAUAUACUACACUAUACCUGUAUACUACCCUCAACCUUACAGGCCAGCCCCAAGAGGCACUUAUAGAGUAACACUUAUUGGAGGAGCUGAUGGAGUAUUCUCAAUCAGUGAAGAAGGUGACAUUAGACUAAUAGGUUCACUGGAUUACGAGGAAAAGAGUUCAUACAGUAUCAUAGUAACUGCUAUAUUCAAUGGUGCUGAUCCCAGGGCAGUUACCACUGGGACAGUAGUGGUAGAGAUUCGUGAUGUUAAUGAUAAUCAUCCUGAAGUACAGAGCUCCUUCACUGCUUAUGUCUAUGAGAACAGAGUCGGUCAGUUUGUAGUUAAAGUGAAUGCUACCGAUAGAGAUCAAGGACUCAAUGCACAAUUAGUAUAUUCUCCAUUACUUGGGAUGGGAGCUGAGAUGUUUACAGUCAAUCGUACUACAGGAGUAAUAACCACCUCUCAGCCCAUCAAUGCCUCACUCUGUGACUAUUAUCUUCUAGUACUCAUUAUACAUGAUAUGGGAGAGAUUGAGCUCUACACUCACACUGUCAUUAAUGUUCAUGUACUACCCACACCACCCGAUGCACUAGUAUUUAGGGACAAUAUACCGUCUGAAGUAAAUAUACCAGAAAAUGAUCCAAGCUUUGUAUUACCAGGACCAUUAGAAGCUUAUGAGGAGGGGACAAUGGACUCUAGUGAUGUUCGCUACAGAAUAGCUGGUACCAUACCACCCAAUAGUAAUAUUAUAAGUGUGAAUGAGCUCAAUGGGACUCUUAGUUUAGUGGGUGCAUUAGAUGCUGAGACUGAGGACGAGUACAUCAUCACACUAGAGGCUUAUAGCACAAGGACUGAUACUGAAGUAAUGUCUGCUUUACUCAACCUCACCAUUAAUGUACAAGAUGUUGAUGAGUCAUUCCCAGUGUUCGACCCACCAGGCCCUUACAGUAUCAGUGUAUCUGAGGACACACCCAUUGGUUAUGUAUUGCUGACACUCAAUGCAAUCGAUAGUGACGUCACUCCUCAUAAUUUUGUAUUUGCUCUAGUUGGAAAUGUUCCUUCAUCAUUUGAACUGGUUAACAACAGUCUCAUACUAGCCGAGGCUCUUAACUUUGAAGUAGAAACUGAUUAUUCUUUUGGUGUACAGGUCUAUGACAAUGCAGGGAAUGUGUCUCAGAUAACCACUACAACAGUUUAUGUAAAUGUUACCAAUGUUAAUGACAACCCACCAACAUUCACUGGUACUCCUUAUGAGACAUCAGUACGUGAGACUGCGCCAAAUAAUCAUGUAGUAUUUACAGUAUCAAUCACUGAUUUGGAUGGAGAUUCAUUAAAUUCCAUUAUUACCUUUACCAUUUUACAGGCAAACACUCCAUUCUGUAUGAGUGGUUACAAUAUAGUAGUGUGUAAUAGCACUCUGCUAACAUCUUAUGAGAGUAAUAUGGAGUUUAAUCUCACAGUUCGUGUGACUGAGCAACAUGGCAGUACUACACUGACUAAUGAAGAACCAGUAUUGAUAACUUUGAUACUUAUCAAUGAAUUUGGACCUGUCUUUACCGUUGCAGACACCAGCCUAAUACGAACUAAUGAGCAUGAUGGAAGCUGUACUGUCAAUGUGAGUAUUCCUGGUGAAUCUUUGAGAGAUUUCGAAGCAACUGAUAAUCAAGAUGGAGGUGAUAGUGUAUCUUAUUCGUUAGCUGAUAGCUAUGGAGGACGGUUUAGAAUCAAUAACGUCACUGGAGAGCUAAGGCGUGAUGAUUGCCUUGAUGCUGAAUUUUCUAGAACAUACGAUCUAGUGAUAGUGGCUACUGAUGGUCCUGAUGCUGAUGGUACUAGGCAUAGUGUAAAUGUCAGUGUUUCUGUACGAGUGAGAGAUAUCAAUGAUCACUAUCCUGUUGUUCAUGGCCCUGUUCCAAUCACAUUCACUGUUAGAGAAAAUGAGACUGAAGGAAGGUUUGUGUUUGGUCAGUUAGUAAUUACUGAUGAUGAUGCAACAGAUCUAGGGAACAAUAAUGUGCCCUCAGUGUAUCAUAGAGACACAGCAGGGGAUGGUAGUGGAGUGUGUGCUAAUAACAUUCGUAUUGGGGUAAAUCCAAAUACUUUUGAACUUUUCUUCUGCCGAUCUGUUGACUUUGAAAACCCAAGUGAUCCUCGUAACUACACUGUUGAGCUGGAGACUCUGAACCUUGGUGCCUCCCCAUCACAAUUAAAAGUUGAUUUUACAGUAGUUGUUUAUGUUGUUGACAACAAUGAACAUCGUCCAGUGAUAGGAGGCAAUAACUUCUUAUUUAAUAUUACAGAGAAUCAACCGGCUAAUACUGUCAUUGGUAAUGUACCUGCUACUGAUGAAGAUGCUGGUGAUGGUCCUGGUGGCAUGUUAGAGUAUUUCCUAUCAGUUUAUAAUGUUAUUGGAGUCCAUGAUAAUUGUACUACCGAGCUACCAUUCUAUGCUACUCCUACUGGUAACAUUGUUACAUGUUCUGAGCUGGACUAUGAGAAUAGAACAUCUUACUCUUUCUAUGUCAGUGUAUGUGAUAGAGGUAAUCCACGAAUGUGUACCAUAAGGGCUGAGAAUGUCACUGUUGAUAUUAUCGAUCGUAAUGAUAAUCCACCAAUAGUACCAAAUAAUGUUGUCAAUAUAACAUUACCAGAGAAUGAUACUGAUGAUGUUCUACUAACAGUCAUUUUUACUGAUGCUGAUUCUCCUCCUAAUUCUGUUAGUACAGUAACACUCAAUACAACAGGGACACCAUUUGCUAUUAAAAAUGGUAACGAGUUGGUAGUGAAUGAUUCCAGUGCCAUUGAUUAUGAAACUGGUCCUAGAGACUAUUAUAUAGUGAUAUGUAUAUACAAUCCUCCUUCUGACUCAUCAGACGAAGUUCAGGUUACUUAUAUUUGGAUUAAAAUUUGUAUUAUUGAUGUCAAUGACAUUAAACCUUUGAUAUUUCCACCAUUUAAAUUCAAGAUACCUGAGAAUAUGGCACUUGCUUUACAAAUAAAUGCUACUGAUAUUGAGGAAGGUGACAAUGGUCGUUUAACAUACUCUACAGACUCAGCAUUAUUCUCUACUGAUUGCUCAAACCCUAACACUGCACUCAGUCUUAACUCUACUACUGGUUACAUUACUAACUGCACUGCAGUAGAUUAUGAACAGUCUCAAUCUUACUCCUUUGUCAUUGAGGUCUGUGACAAUGGCCAGCCUCAACUGUGCUGCAAUGAUUCUUAUUCUAUCUGGAUUAUUGAUCGAAAUGACAACCCACCAGUAGUACCAUAUAUAAAAUUUAAACUAUAUUUACUAGAGAAUGUCACUGAUGAUGAUCUUGUAUAUACAGUAAACUAUACUGAUGCUGAUUCUCCUCCUAAUUCUGUUGGUAUAGUAACACUCAAUACAACAGGGACACCAUUUGCUAUUGAUAAUGAUAAUGAGUUGAUAGUGAAUGAUUCUAGUGCUAUUGAUUAUGAAACUGGUCCUAGAGACUAUCAUAUAUUGAUAUGUAUAUUAAAUCCUCCUUCUGAUGAUAUAUUAUACAAUUUUACUUCUAACUUACCAGACAUAACUCAAGUUACCUAUGUCUGGAUGAAUAUUUGUAUUGUUGAUGUUAAUGACAUUAUACCUUAUAUAUAUCCACCAUUCAACUACACUAUACCUGAGAAUAUGGCACUUGCUAUACAAAUAAAUGCUACUGAUAUUGAGGAAGGUGACAAUGGCCGUUUAACAUACUCUUCAGACUCAACAUUAUUCUCUACUGAUUGCUCAAACCCUAAAACUGCACUCAGUCUUAACUCUACUACUGGUUACAUUACUAACUGCACUGCAGUAGAUUAUGAACAGUAUCAAUCAUAUUCCUUUUUCAUUAAGGUCUGUGACAAUGGCCAGCCUCAAUUAUGCCCCAACAAUGCUCCUUAUACUCUCAAUGUCAUUGAUCGUAAUGACAACCCACCAAUAUUCCCAUCAGAAGUCAUUAGCAGGAAUAUAUAUGAGAAUCUUCCUAUCAAUAGCCUAGUAUUUGAGAUAUCAACAACUGAUCUUGAUAGUGAUGCUAAUUCUCAAGUUAGCUAUAGCUUAAUAAAUAAUACUUCACCGUUUGAGAUCCGUGAUAAUAAAGACGUAAAUUAUACUGGAGGAGCUCCAGUUGAUUAUGAGAGUGAUCAAAAGGUAUACAUGAUUCAUUUGAGAGCUACUAAUCCUCCAGCUGAUACAGUGAAUGAUGUAACACAAAUCUCUGAUGCCAUUCUAGUGCUUAAUGUGAUUGAUCGUAAUGACUUACCUCCAGUGUUCCCCAGCCCUAUUGAUAGAGCUAGUAUAACAGAGAAUAUGACUGAUGGCUCAAUGGUUUACUUUCUAAAUACAACUGAUGGUGACUCUGCUAACAACAGUGAGGUGUCCUAUAUGCUUUUAUCACAAGGCACUCCAUUUGCCAUACAAAAUAACAUGAUAGUUGUUGAGAAUAGAGAGGCUCUUGAUCGUGAAGUGCUAUCAAGUUAUUAUGCUAUUCAAGUGCAGGCUGUUAAUCCACCUGGUCUUUCUGAUGAUGUAUCCCAAUAUGCUAUUCUAACUGUUAACUUUACUAUUGAAGACAUCAAUGACAACUAUCCUCUGUUCAUUGGGUCAAGAAGCUUCCAAGUAUCUGAGGAUAAACCAGUGGACUAUAUAUUGCCUGGAAGUGUUCGAGCUACUGAUGCAGAUGAGGGUCACAAUGGUUUGGUAGUAUUUACUAUUGAGGGUAGCACCGCUUGCCGCUGCUCUGGUAACUCCGGCUGUGUCUCUGGGUUUGGUGAUCCUGGAUCAGGAAAUGAAUUAGGAUCAGGCGGUGAUAUCAUUUGUGAUUCAACAUUCCCGUUUGAGAUUGAUCACGAUAAUGGCCGAUUAUCAGUGUGCCACUCAUUGGAUUAUGAAGAGUAUUGUGAGUACACUCUUGUAGUCCAAGCCUGUGAUCUGGGCAGUCCUAGUUUAUGUAACAUGACUGAUGUUGUUGUUAGUGUGUCUGACGUUAAUGAUAACCCACCAACAAUUAAUGAUCCAUUCACAUUAAUGGUCAAUGAAACAGCUCAGAAUAACGUCACAGUUGGUUGUCUCAAUGCUACCGAUCCUGACACUGGAAUGGGUGGUAUCUUACGUUAUUAUAGUGAUGGUGUUGAUGAAUGUUCUUCAGAUUUUCCAUUUAAAGUGGUAGCAGAGACAGGCUGUGUAAUCGUCUGUCAUAAUUUAAAUUUUGAGGAGACAAGAAUGUAUCACUUCACAGUUGAAGUAAAUGACCUUGGCACACCAUCUCUUAGCAGUAAUGAUACCAUCACAAUAUUUGUUGUUAAUAUUAACGAUCACGGCCCUAAUAUCACAUCACCCAAUACUGCCAGUGUAUCAGAGAAUGUCAUCAAUGAAUUGGUUAUAAGAGUCAAUGCUACCGAUGAAGAUCACAUGCCGUAUAACAAUCUCUUCUUUACCCUAUUGAAUGAUGCUGGUGGUAGAUUUAACAUCACUUCAGAUGGUAGCGUUUAUACAGCUAGGUCACUGGAUAGGGAAGAGUUUUCACAACACGUCAUAGAAGUACAGGUCAGUGAUUUUAUGUUUAAUGCCCAACAAUCUAUCACAGUGACAGUGGAGGAUGUUAAUGAUGAACAUCCUUAUUAUGAUGGGCCACUCUCAUUCACUGUACCAGAGGAAUCAGUUGUCAUUCUGUCUCUUGAUUUCAAAGACAAUGACACUGGCAUUAACUCUCAGCUAUUCAUCUCCAAUACCAGUAAUAACUUCAGCCCAGUACAGGACUCGCUUAACAUUACUAACGCCACCAGGUUUGAUCGUGAUCCACCUAAUGGCGACUCAGUCCAUACCAUUGAAGUCACUGCUAGUGAUAAAGGCACACCUUCACUGAGCAGUAGUCCUAUACAAUUAACUCUCAUUCUAACUGAUAUCAAUGAUAACGCUCCCAUUCCUUUGCCACCGUUCACAGCAGCUGUAAGAGAUAAUACUCCCUCCAAUGCCUACAUCACUACACUCAAUGCAACCGAUCUUGAUGAAGGAAAUAAUGCAGAGCUGCGCUUUACACUUUUGAAUCUCACGAACAUGUUUUACGUUAAUGAAUCAACUGGUGAUCUAUACACUGCCAGUGUGGUAGAGCUACUGGGAACAAUGGCACACAUAGAGUACCUUGGUGUUAGGGUGUCUGAUAUGGGGGACAACCCACUAUCAACAGACUAUACCUUUGCUGUUGUUAUAAUUGAUAACUUACCAAUAUUUGUUCCUAACGUUUAUGACUUCUCCAUUGAAGAGAAUGACUUCAAUUCUGAGGUUGGACGGGUUACUGCUAUAGAUCGGGACCUGAACUCUGAAGAUGCCGACUUUGUCUAUUCCAUUGUGUCCUCUAUUCCUUAUGAAGGGUUUACACUCGUUAAUAACACUAUCAUCAGCCCUGAGGAUUACCUCGACUAUGAGAGCACUAGGCAGUUUAUAUUGACUGUUGGAGUUGGUAAUGGAGAGAUGGUAUUUGAUACAGCUAGUGUUACCAUAUUCAUCAAUGAUACUAAUGAUAACACACCUUUCCUCUCUCCAGCCAAUGUCACUGCUAAUCUCUCAGAGAAUAGUCCAGUAGGGCAUAGUGUGGCACAGAUAUUUGCUAUUGACUAUGAUUCCGAUCUCUGUGGUGAACUGGUAUAUACGAUAUACUGGGGAGAAGGACGGGACUUAUUCGAAAUUGAUGCUAAUGGCGUCCUAAGAACAACCAGUCCACAUGCCUCUGACUAUGAGAAUCGAACGCAGUUUUUAUUAAGAUACAAAGCAUGUGAUAGCUGUGUACCUCAGUGCUGUAGUUCACCUGGUCACAUCAUGCUAUCAGUAGUUGAUACUGAUGAUGUACCUCCAGUCAUCUUUAGGAAUAUAUCAUACAGUGUCAAUCUUACUGAGACCUUCCCUACUAAUUCCCCAAUAUUAACAGUUGGUGUUAGCGAUGUUGAUACUCCUAUUGAAGACCUUACAUUCAGUCUGGUACCGCAACAAACCUUAUUCCGGAUAGAACAAGUGACUGGUAUACUAAGCACUACUAGUGUAGCUCUUGACUAUGAAGUAAAUACCACCCAUACUUUUAGUGUGGUGGUCACUGAUACUGCUGGUGCUUCUGACAGCGUACAGGUCACUAUAACCAUCACUGAUGUAGAUGACAACAGGCCAUACAUAAUCGACACAUCUUCUUCAUCUGCUUUUAUCUUUAAUGAGAGUCGAAUUGAUGAGGCACAAAGUGUCACAAUAUCACUAGCAUCCCUUGCUCUCAUUGAGCCUGAUGCGAUAGGCCAGAAUGCAAUAGACAGGCUGGUAGCAUCUUUAAGAACCUCUCCUAAUACCCACUCAUAUCCUUUGGAUGGUGGUUUCUGUAAUCAUGCCAAUAUCUCUAUAUUUGGUAACAGUAGUUUCAGUCGGUGUAAUCUCAAUGACCAGUGUAUUGAUGCUGAUGAAAGACUCACACUAGCACUGGGGGCAUCAAGAACCAAUGGUAUAUUCAAUCUGACCACAGGAUCAUACAGAACAGAUCAAGCAUUCACUGCUUCUGAGGUAUCAUUUAACAACAACUUCACUAUUAGCUUUUGGGUUAAGGCAGAGGCGAUCUUAAGCAGUUUGGGUGGAAUCAUUUUCUCAAUUGAAGAGAUCAAUAACAUUGCUCUUCGUGGCGUCAUCCUCCCUAAUGGUGGAAUCAGAGUAGUUUCAAGCACUAACCUAUUAGUUAUCGAGAGUGAUUCUGGAGUAUCAGUUCUAGAUAAUGAAUAUCAUCAAGUUACACUCACUCGUAUUGAUGACAAUGUGUACCUGUAUGUUGAUGGACUCCUCAGUGGCAGUAGCAGCAAUGGAAACAAUAUAGUUGAUAAUGGUCAACCAAGGGGAUUGUUCAUUGGUGAAUCACUCAAUGGGUACAUGGCUCAGUUUAGAUUCUGUACAGGCUAUAGUCUAUCAGUUUCUGAAGUCAUUUGUAUUACAACUUGUGGUGAGACUCUUAAUGCUGCUGGAACACAGAACAUUACACUAACCACUGACUAUAGAACAAGGACUGUAACCCUAUCAUGUAAAGUUCCUAAUAGCUGCAGUGUCCAAGAGUUUAAUGUGGCAUUGGACAGUCUCAUUUAUACUAAUGUAAUCGAUGAGCCCAAUCCUUUAUCAAGAGGUCUCUUUAUUUAUGCUAAGGACGUUGUGGGAAUUGGUCCUCUCUCUAAUUUCUCUAUUGAGCCAUUGCGAGUCAAUGACAAGAGACCAGUCCUUGAUCUUAAUGGCCUUUCAGUAAAUGGCAUUGAUCAUUCACUUGUAUAUGAAGAAGUAUCAGGCUCCCAGCCAAUAAUAAGCCCAACAUCUGGUGCUAUACUCUAUGAUCUUGAUAGCGGCUUUUGGAGAUUUAAUAGAAUAUCUGUUGAGUUGCUUAAUCCAUCAGCUGGCAAUGAGUAUUUGUCAUUCUCUGCCACUGACCUGCCCUCUGGUAUUAACAUAACUGAAGUAUCAAUGGCUUCAUUUACUAUUCAUUCAUCAGUCUCAGGAGAAGACUCUUUACCAGGGAAACUCUUAGAGGGUCUUUAUGCCAUCAAAUAUACAAACAUUCUUAAGAAUCCUCAAAAUUCACAAAGGAGAAUCUGUUUGACUGUCUAUGACGAAGGCUCACUUCACACCAAUAGUCCAUUGUCAUACAUUAACAUUGAGAUCAUCCUGGCUAAUGAUCCUCCUGAGUUGACUGUUCAUGCAUCUUCAGUCACAUUCCAAGAGCAGAAUAGACACCAGGCUCUAUUGCACUCAGUGCAAAUAUCUCUCACUGAUCCUGAUAGUUCUAAUAUGAAUGGAGCAAUCUUUAGGCUUGAGAACACUGAUAAUCCUGAUAAUGAGUCUCUCUCAUUGACUACCACUAUUUCUGGCAUCACUUCAAUCUAUGAUUCCAACACUGGUGUAUUAAAUAUCAGUGGCUCUGCAUCAAUUGCUAAUUACAUUACUAUCAUAAAGUCUGUCACAUAUUCUAAUCUUAUUCUCAAUCCCACAACAAACCAGAGACGUGUUACACUGUACGUAUCAGACAGUGGCGGAAGGGACAGCAAUAGCUCUAGUUUUGUUGUUAACAUUAAUCUGUACAAUGACCCAGGCAUUCUUGUGUUUGGCUCUACAGGCAACAGCUCAUACUAUGUUAAUUUCAUUGAGGAUACUGAUGACUGUAUACCAGUGUUUGGUACUAAUUUUAGUCUUACUGAUCCAGAGGGUAGAGGUUUCUCUUUCAUUGAAAUGAGAGUAACGAACAGAAGAGCCGGUGAACGGUUCUCGCCCGAAGGAACUGUCCUCCGUUCAUUUGUAUUGACAUUCAAUCCGGCACAUAUCCUAGUGUUUGUGGAUGCAGAUGAUGAUCACAAUGAAGUACUUAAGCUUAUCACCUAUUGCAAUGAUAAUGAAGAGCCGAUAGGUGGACAGAGAAUGGUUUCAAUCACAAUAACAGACAGGGCUCCACCAGGAGGCUCUGGUGCAACUACAACUGGUCAAACUUACAUUAAUAUUAUCAAUGUCAAUGACCCACCUGUUCUGGAAGUGGAGGCUGCCGAAGGCUUAGUUUUUGGCAGAAAUCCUGUCAAGAUAUUCAAGAACAACAUGAACCUGACUGAUCACGAUAAUACCACAUUCACUGGUUUCAAUGCUACCAUUACUAAUCCUCAGGACAGCACUCAAGCAGAGGCCAUCCUCUCACUAGGUGACCUUCAAGGUGGAGCUAUAUUCAGAGGACCUGAUGUCCUAGCAAAUGGGUCUUUUGUUUUCUAUGCUCUCUAUAAUUCUCCGAUAAAUGUGUCCACUAUACUUCAUGAUAUGCAGACUCUACAGUAUAACAAUGAGGCUGGGGUUCACAUCACUGUCAAUCCUCCUAGGAUCGUCUGCUUGCAAGUCAGCGAUGGAGAGGUGGGCAGUAACAUAGGCUGUGUCACAAUACACGUGGAUGAACCCAACACUGCUGCUCCUCAAUUCCUUAAUCAGUCUCAAAGCUUCACGUACAAUGAGACUCAUUCACUCAUCACUGUUGGUAGAUUCAUAGCUGUAGAUCCUGAUACAGAUCCUGUGGCCUCUAUAGUCUCAUACAGCAUUAACUCCAUUGUGUCUUUUGACAGCUCUGGUGUGUCGACUGUGUCUGAUGGGCCAGGUAUAUUUGUUGUCGACUCUGAGACUGGUCUCCUUACCAUCCCUAAUGGACUGGAUGCUGAGAUGUUCGUGUUCCACAAUGUGUGCAUAAAAGCUGAAGACAAUGGGAAUCCAAAGGAAAGCCAGCUACUUUGCUUGACAUUUGAUGUUCAAGAUGUCAAUGACAAUGCUCCUCAAUUUACAAACCUUCCCUACAUACCUAACUCUGCUACAUCAAGGGAGGAGUUUGUCCCAUUCACUGAGAGGAGAAACCUCUACACAGUCUCAGCUACCGAUGCAGACAUUUCCAUCUCCAAUAACAGGAUAACAUAUGGACUGGUCAAUACCUACUACACAGAUACUGGUCUAGCAAUAUUCCACAUUGAUAGUUCAACUGGUGUACUAUUUUAUAAUCAAAGGCUUGAUGCAGAGCAAGAAGAAGUGUUUGUGUUUAACGUGUCAGCUACUGAUAAUGGCUCACCUACUCUUGUCUCUUACACUAUCAUUGAUUUCAUUCCAGUUGACGUCAAUGAUAAUCCUGCUGUAGUUAAUCAGCUCACUCCUGCUCUCUUUAUAUCUGGUAAUUCCAGCUCUAUCGGUCCAGCCAUACGUGUCACUGAUAAUGAUGAUCAGAUAUUACUCCAGUCAGUUCGUGUGAAACUAACCGACCCAUACAGUGUCACUAAUUAUACAACUUGUCUUGGGUCUGGUGGCUGUCAGGAGCAGAGGGUUACCCUACCUUCUGCCAUCAAUCUGUUCGACCUUGCAACGUUCAAUGGUUUAGGUGUUACUAAUACUACACUAGGUGUGGGUCAAUGUCCUGCUAAGAAGUUUGUAAGAUUAACUGGUAAUAAUGCAAAUGAUGGCUAUGGUCGUAUACCACGGAGCUCACUUAAUGGUACAUCAUUCGGUAGUGGAGAAUUCUCAAUAUCAUUUGUUGCUACUGUAACAAAUGAAGGGCACAUAGUUGGGAUUGUAGAUCCAACAACAGACGUUCCAACUAUUGUAUUUGGUAUAUGGUUUAGAAGGAACAGAAUGCAAUUGAUUUAUACAGAUACAACUGGCACAAGACGUACAGCAACUCUAACACUGACUGGGACUAAUGUGGUAUUUGAUGUACCCACUGGCUACUAUAUUAACAGGCACUACACUGUUGUUGUGAGGACUGGCUCUAGUGGACCAGAGGUUGAAUUUUAUUCUAAUUGUGAAUCAGCAGGCAAUCCAAUAUUAUUACCAAGUGGACAGUUACCAGCAGUUCCUUAUAUCAAUGGUGAUGUAUUCAUUGCUCGUACUAUACCAGGAUCAUCAUCUAAUGAUAAUAUUGGUCAUCGUCAUCUUGGUGGUGAUCUUCAUGGACUCUAUUAUUAUCCAUAUGCAAUAAACACUUCUCAAAUAUAUAGCAUAUGUGCCUGUGAGAAUUUAGUAGCACCCACACAAUACUCUAGCUCUCUCUCUGUGUCUCAGUCUGACUUAUUCACAAUAUCAAUAGAGUCAUCAGUUUCACAAUCAACAGCACUACCUCCUGAUGAUGUUAAUGAUGUAUUGAGACAAAUACAAUACAAUAGUGUACUUGAUGAGAGCAUUGCUGGUAGCAACCGCACACUAAGUUUCACUACAGUGUUUACUGAUGCUUUAGUGAUUCAAAUGCCCAGUACCACUGGUAGCAUUAUUUAUGUUGAGUCUGAUACUGCAGUACCAGUCAUUGACUUGAAUGGUGAUCAAGUAACCGGAUUAGAAUAUUUUGCCUCAUUUACUGAAGGAAGUGCAUCAGUUCCUAUUGUCAACGACUCCAUAACAAUUUCUAGAGUCAUAUCUGUUCCUAAUGUACUCCCCACCAUUGAUAGGGUAGUUGUAGAGUUGGCCAAUCCUGUUGAUGGAUCUGAUGAAUACAUUACUGGCUCUGGUAUUGGGUUCAUUAACCUAACAUCAGUCAGUAGCACUAGGAUUGAAAUCACAGGCCCUGGCCUUCCUGAUGAAUUCGUAGAAGUAAUAAAGACGAUGCGUUAUCAAAACAUCAAUGACAAUUUAACAACAUCAGUCCUUCGCACUAUUGAGUUCACAGUCUAUGAUACUGAGGGUCGCUGGAAUAAUCCUGUAUCUCAUUCACACAUAACUGUAAUAUCAACUGAAGACCCACCACAACUCAGUUUAGGCGAUACGGUCGGUGAUACUGUUAGGACAGUAGAAUUCACAGAGGGUGGCUCUCAAGUCUUACUGGCUCAAAACCUCACCAUAUCUGACGUUGACAGUGUGUCAUUCUCUGGUGCUGUCAUUUCAAUCACUCAAAAUUUUGUUGCUAAUAAGGACACAUUGAGUAUUACUCCAACAGGCAGUAUUAGCAAAGCUUACAAUGGAAGCAGUGGUGUACUGACAUUGACUGGUUCUGGUAGUCUUGAUGAGUACCUCAGUGUCCUUCGGUCCCUAUCCUUUGACACCACUGAUAAUCCUUUACUUGAUUUCGGUACAUCAAUCCCAAUGAGACUCAUUACAAUAACCAUCAGUGAUGGAACUCUUAACAGUAACACUGUCUCAGUGUAUAUCGACUUCAUUCCUCAAGAUGAUCCCACAGAAUUGAUAGUCAAUGGUAGCUCCAUUAUAUACUACAUUGAAGGUUCACCUCAAAUACUCUUACUACCCAAUGCAUACAUCAGUGACUCUGACAAUAACAUUGUUCAGAGGAUAGUCAUACAACUGAAUAGACAGAUAAGUGGUGAUGGGCUCGUUAGUGGUGGAACAACACAAAUCAUAUUCUCAUAUGCUUCGAGGACAAUCAGUGACCUUGAUUCCAUCCUUAGGAACUUGGCAUUCAUCAACACAGAGAAUGAGACAACACUUGAUAACAGGACAGUCACCAUUACACUCACUGAUGUGGCUGGAGCUGUCACUACUGCAGAUCUAGUCAUUGUUGUUUUAGAUCGUAAUGACAACGUUCCUGAGUUUAUUGGAGCUCCUUACAGUUUUACAGUCUAUGAGAACUCACCAACAGGCACUGAAGUUGGAGUGAUUGACUCUUUAGAUGGUGAUGCCACUCCAACGUUUAUUAAUUUUGAAGUGACUGGAACACAGUUUAGACUGGAUCGUAUUGACGAGAUGUCUGCUAGAGUGCUAAGCACCCGUGUAUUCAACUAUGAAGUUGAUCCACACUUAAUAACAUUCACUGUAUCUGCUUCUGAUGGUGAACUGACUGGUAAUGCUACAGUUAAUGUACAAGUAGUGAAUGUGAAUGAAGCACCCACACUGACUAUCACUGGCACUUCAACUGCUGCAGCAGUACAGCAAUCAAGACAGCUCUUGUAUGAUGAUUCUGUUAGUAUAUAUGAUGAAGAUCAAGGUGACAGUAUUACUAGUGCUACUCUGAUUCUAAGUAAUGUACCAACUGGAUCAAAUGAAUCACUCACACUCAAUGAAUCUAUCUCUGACUACACCUUUACAUCAGCACUAGAAUCUAGUAGUACAGUCUAUACUCUUACAAGAGUUAAUGAUUCUGGUAUAAGUAUGCCUGAAGCUCUCCAAUAUGUUGCAUACACUGCUGAAGGUAUAUUGAGCCCAUUGGUUGUUCGUAAUGUACGUAUCACUGUCACUGAUGAAGGAGGUCUCAGUAGUAAUGAGGUUGUCAUUUCGGUGACAUUAGCUGAUGAACCGAUAUUUUCUAACCUACCAUACACUGCAUCACUCAAUGAAGACACCCUAUAUCCCGAUUUCCUACAAGUGCAAGCAACAGUAGCUAAUCCGAGUGACAUCAUAACAUACCUUGUUGGGCCUGUUGAGGAUUAUCCUUGGAUUAAUAUUAGCAUAAAUAGCAAUACAGGGUACCUCAGUCUAGAGGAAAGGUUGGACUAUGAGGUCCUUCAGUCAUUUAGUUUUAAUGUGUUUGCUAUAGCUAGUGUACCACUACCAAGGACAGCUACUACUACAGUCUCUGUUUCUGUAACAGAUGAGAAUGAUGAGCCACCAACAAUAGAAGGUGUCACUAAUAUUACAGCACAGGUUGAUGAAGACACAUUGCUAUUCCCUAAUAUAACUAUUUAUGAUCCUGAUACCUUUCCACUGAACUUUGUGAAAGUAGUGAUAAAACCUGCUCCAGAACAAAUUAGUCAAUCUCCUUUCACUGGUAAGCAUUGUAUUGAUGAGGCCAAUGCCAUUGUAAAAAUGGUAACAGUCUGUGGUCUUGCUAGCAGUAACUUUACUAAUCUCCUCCAUUACAAUGAGACUACUGAUGGAGCUGAGUUAAGGAUCGAUUCAUAUGAUAACACCAUACUGUACACAAAUGAUGGCCAGGCUUCAAUCUAUGAUUUACUAUUUGAAGGCAUCAUUGAUAGAUUCUUUUUCACAUUCUGGUUCAAACCAGCUGUUAAUAGCUCGGGCUAUGCACUGUACUAUGGUGGAGAUGAUGGAACCAGAUAUUUUGCUGUCUAUUAUAACUCUGAUGCUAAUCGUUUUGAAGUUGUCCUUAAACUAGCAGGAGUCUCUGGUCCAGCCAGUCAAGUAACUAUAAUUUAUCAACUAGAAGAAAGGAUUGAUGAUGGAAACUGGCACUUUAUAAUGAUAACAUAUCAAACGAGAUUCCUCUAUCUCUCUGUUGAUGGAGUUGGUAUCAUCAGUGUUUCUGUAGUGUAUGCUGAUGUGGUUGAUAGCUCUAUCUGUAAUCUAGCAUACAGUCUCCCAUUGAUUGAUGAUAUAGAAGGACCUACUGAUAAUGAUACAGCUAGACUAGCCAUUGGAGCAAGACCUAUCAGUGACGUUUUGUACGACUUGAAUAUAAAUGGGGAAUUUGCUGGAGUUGUUUUCUCACUAUCAGAUCCACCGGCCAGUUUUGCCAGCUGUCUCUUGUCUUGCAUAGAGUCAUUGACAGUAGAUACAUCAGGUACUGAUGUCAUUGCUACACAAUUUGAUGAAACUAAUAGAAGGAUUGUUCUUUAUGACCCUUGUGGAGUAAAUUGUUCCUCCCAGAAUGGUUGUUCUCUCCAGAAUGAAGUAAUAAACUGUUCUCUAUUCGAUAAACUGAAAUCUUUUGUAAAUUAUGCAGCUGAAAAGAUCACAUCUGCAGUUAAAACAAUAGUUUACAAGGCAAAAUCUGUGGUAGAUUCUGCAGUAUCUGUGGUAAAAAAUGUGAUAAAAGUUAUAAAGUCUAUCAAAUUUGAAGUUUGCAUAACUGUCAAUGAUGGAAAAUUUGAUGUCACAACAAAAUUCACAUUAACUAUUGAAACUUGUGUUAAUGUUAGUGUUAAUCGUAGACGGAGGGACUUGUCAUCAAUGCCUUUUUCUCGUAGGCGCCUCCUCUCUCUAAAUAAUGAACCGUCUUCAUCUUUCAUUGAAAAGAGGAAGGCCUCAGCAAUGAAUGGUGGACGUGGUUGAAUCUCUAUUGUUGGACAACGGACUUUGUUUUGCUGCUAUAAAACUUUUUUUAGAAAUAAAUAGGAUUUUUUAACAAAACUAUUUUUAUAUAUUUUUUACCACUGUAUUAGGAAAGUAUUAAUUUUGAAAUUAGCAUUUUUAAAAGAUAAAGGUUUUUUAAAGUUUACUUGAAAA